UCGCUGUGUUCAGUAUGUGUAGAAGCUCCGGAGAAGCUGAGGCCCUCUCUCGGUGGAACACCGUGUCCGAGUGACAGCUCGUCUGCUCUUACCUUACUCACUCAACUCAAGUACCAUGGAGGACUCAAGUAGUUGACGUUUCCUGCUGCAACCUUCUCUUUUUAAGCUUUCUUCACGUCUGAUCUCUGAUCUCCCGACCCGGUUUUUAUUGACGUUUUGAACCCAUCCGCGACUUUGUUUUUACGAGCUUCGACCAACCAGGAAACAUGAAGUACAUCAUUGGCAUUGGCGGUGUGACCAACGGAGGGAAAACCACCCUCACCAACCGACUGAUCAAGAACCUGCCCAACUGCUGUGUCGUGCAUCAGGAUGACUUCUUCAAGCCCCAAGAUCAAAUUGAAGUUGGUGAAGAUGGCUUUAAGCAGUACGAUGUCAUUACUGCUUUGGACAUGGACGCCAUGAUGAGCACCAUCUAUGCAUGGCUGGAGAAUCCGGUGAAGUUCGAGAAGUCCCAUGGCGUCAAUAACACCCUGGACACGGAGAUUGUCCCAAAGUCCGACAAUAAGGAAGAGGAAACUCACAUCCUUAUUGUGGAGGGCUUCCUGCUUUACACCUAUGAACCAUUGAUCGACGUGCUGAACCAGCGUUACUUCAUUUCCAUCCCAUAUGAAGAAUGCAAAAAGAGGAGGUGCUCCAGGAACUACGCGGUGCCAGACCCCCCCGGCCUCUUCGACGGCCACGUCUGGCCCAUGUAUCUGCAACACAAGAACAUCAUGGAGGCAUCAUGUGUUGAUGUUGUGCAGCUUGAUGGAACCAAGUCAAAGGAGCAGCUGUUCAACUUUGUCUAUGGGGACAUCCUCAAUAACAUCCAGAAGUCUUUCUAACAAAGGUCAUCCGAUCGGCUAAAAGGAGCACACUCUCAAACUGCACGCAGAAACCCAUCUUGCCUUAAGUUUCUACCUGGCAGCUCAUUCAACCGACUGCUAUGAUUUUUUUUUGUUUUCUUUUGUAAAUUUUUAACUGGCAGCAUUUAAUGCUGGCAUGAUUUUAUAUCGACCGUAUUUAUUGCUUUGUUACAGCCUGCACUCAAAGAGUUGAUGAAACAUUCAGAGGAUGGUUGCACUCAGCUGACAAUAAAUGAUCCUCCUACCAA